UUGUUUCAUCAUACCUUUGGACAUUUAUGCAGCUUGCUUGAGUUUUGUUUUUUUCAGAUACACUGCUGUAUCUGUUUGUGCUCUUCCACAGGCCCUAACGUAGGCCUGGUUGGCCUUACAGAAGGGCCUCUUUAGGGACACAAGAGAGGUAUAUGAUAAAUUUGAUACCCUGAAACUUUUUAAUAUCCUUUCGGACUAAGAGAGACAAACAAGAACAGGGAAGCGAAAGCCACCGUGACUGUGUUGUGGUGGCAUGGCAGCAGAGCACGGCGAGCUUCUGGCUGAGAUGGCCACGGUUGGGCGUCUGAGUGCCACCGAACGCCUGAAGCACGCCCAGAAGAGGCGCACUCAGCAGCUGAAGGGAUGGGCGCAGAUGGAGAAGGAUUCGGCACGGGGGUCAAGGGCCAAAGCGGAUAAGAAGAAGGCGCGCAAGACCAAAGUUACAUUCCCCAAGUCCAUUACACUGCUAGAUGCAACUGCACGCAACGACCUGGAGGAGGUGAGGGAGCUUCUCAACAAUGGUGUCAGCCCAGAUCUGGUCAACGAGGAUGGACUGACGGCCCUGCAUCAGUGCUGCAUUGAUGAUUUUGUGGAGGUAGUCCAGUGCCUGCUGGAUGCUGGUGCCUGUGUGAAUGCCUGUGACAGUGAGCUGUGGACACCGCUGCACGCUGCUGCCACCUGUGGACACACUGGAUUAGUGCAGCUCCUGAUUCUGUCUGGGGCUGACCUGCUGGCUGUCAAUGCGGAUGGCAACAUGCCCUAUGACCUCUGUGAAGACGAGGCCACCCUUGAGCUGCUGGAGAUGGUUAUGGCUGAACAGGGGAUAACCCAGGAUCGUAUAGAUGAAUGUCGAGGGGCUAAAGAGACGACCAUGCUGGCUGACAUUCGGGCUCUGUUUGAGAGCGAAGCAGACUUGAACGCACAGGAUGCUAAUGGAGCAACACUGCUCCAUAUAGCGUCUGCUAACGGCUAUGUGUCAGUGGGGGAACUGCUGCUGGAGCACAGCGCUCUGGUGGAGGUAAAGGACUCUGAUGGCUGGACGCCACUACAUGCCGCCUCCUGCUGGGGACAAAUCCAAAUGGUGGAACUGUUGGUGGCCCAUGGAGCCAGUUUAGACACAAAGUCGGUCCUGGAGGAGACGCCUCUGGACGUGUGUAUGGAUGAAGAGGUCAGAGCCAAAAUGAUGGACCUGAAGCACAAACACGAUGCCAUCAUGAAGAGCCAGGACCGGCAGAAGAGCACACUGCAAAGACGAGCCUCUAGCACCGGCAGCAGAGGUAAGGUGGUCCGUCGCGUCAGUGUUAACGAGCGCUCCAGUCUGUACCGACGGGAGCACCACAAAGAGGCCAUGGUGUGGCAGGAGCGCGGCCGACAGCCAGAGCCACAGGACGACGAUGAGGACAGACAAACGGACAAUGAGCUGAACCAGCAUGCAACCAUGGUUGCUGGUGGUGGAGCCCCAUCACGUUUAGAGGAACCUGAGGCUGCAGACAGGAAAAUUUUGUCCAGUGUGGGUAAUGGAGGGACCUCUGUUUCUCUGGCCUCCUCCUUACCUGGAGAGCUGUGGAGCGGUGGGGGUCUCAUGGACCGCAGCGCCUCCUACCAGCUCAGCCCUGCAUCUGGAGCCGGGUUAGGGUCUACAGCAGGAGAGGGGGCAGACAGUAUGACUCGGGAGAAAUCGCACCAGACACUGGCUGACCUGAAACGCCAGCGGGCAGCUGCCAAGCUCAAUAAGUACCCAGCACCUCCCCCACCACUGCCUCCUCCCUUAGAGGAGGAGCCUGCUGGUGCAGCGGGAGAGGUGGCAAAUGCUCAGGCCCAGCCGGAGCCCCAAAUGACCCCCAGUGCAGAGGAGGCAGCCUCCCCGAGCCAGGUUUACUUUACCCCAGCCAGCGGAGACCCUCCUCUGCUGAAACUCAGAGCCCCCGAAGAGGACCAGUCUAACAAUAAGGAGCCCUGCUGUGGACUCAUGUAGACAGUCUGACACACACACACACACACACACACACACACACACACACACACACACACACACACACACACACACACACACACACACAGACACAGACUCACUCACACACACAUUCUGACCACAGAGUAGAGAAGCUAAGCAUUUUACACUCCAAAGUGGCAAAAACGUUUCACAACAGACAUGCUUGAAAUGAAUCAUUGAAGACAGUAAGUUAAGGCCACAUGCCAAUGAGGGUUUGAUCUGAACUGCAUUUCAGUGAACUGAAGAGGAAUCUUUGUGCUUAUUUGUCAUUUAAUUAUCUUCUUUUUCAAUACAAUACACACUAAAGGUCCUAGCAUUCCCUGUUGUUCCCUCCUUAUGUAGGGACAGUCCGGUUAGAUGUUAGGUGUCCAUUUGUGAACCAGAGGAGAACUACAGAUUCCAGUUUUGCAAUCACAAGCAAAUAUUUACUUUGUUCGAUCUUUGUUCAUUACUUAACUUAUCUCUUACUACACUGCUCAACUACUGUAGAUUGACAUUUCAUUGAAAAACCUUAGAAUCAUGUAAAAGUUGAAUUAACCGCAAAAAGAUGAAUUUGAAUAGCAGGUCAUGGAUGAUUGAUUGAUUUAAAUUAAGAAUGAGAUCAAAGUCUGUCUUCUUUAUUGAGUGCUAUAAGGGUAUGUGAAACAUUUACAUAAAGCUUCUUUUUUUAAGUUACUUUUUAGUGCACAGAAAAUCCUACAUUUCAACAUUUGUAAUGGUGCAAUUUGUAACCGUUUGUCACAAGAAGCUGUGAGCUCAUCUAUGUAUAUUUAAAUCAGUGAAAAUGUUUCUCUGCCCCUCAUUAUCAUUUCUAGAUUUCAAUUUUUUGUCAGUAUUUCUAUUUUUCUACUCUUUGAAUGGAAUCACAUUAUUUAUUCUAUCUGAUACUGAAUAUGGCUGGUGGUGUACAGUGUACAUUUUUUUUUUAAAGAUAGUAGUGUGAAGGCAAAUUAUUUAUCAAAGAGAUGGUAUAUCGGUUUUUUUUUGUCAAACCAAUUAAACUUGUCAUAUGAUUUAUUUGUCAAAGGUUGGUACCUUCUUUAGGUGGCAGAUUUGAUAUAAAUUCGCAACGCUUGCACAGAGUCCCACAUGUAAAUUUUGCGAGCGUUGGGAUAAAAUGAUGUAUCAUCCUCCAACUUGAUGUGCUGUCGGUGCACUCUAAUGUCUGUACCGCAAUCCAGUUUUGUUAGUGAUUUUUACUGAGCCCUGUUUAAAAAAAAACCAACA